AUGGGCUCGAGUGCAGAAGGAGAGACCAAAGAACCCAGACUCUCCUUCUCCGAGUCACUAACACUGUGGUCAUGGGCUCGAGUGCAGAAGGAGAGACCAAAGAACCCGGACUCUCCUUCUCCGAGUCACUUACACUGUGGUCAUGGGCUCGAGUGCAGAAGGAGAGACCACAGAACCCAGACUCUCCUUCUCCGAGUCACUAACACUGUGGUCAUGGGCUCGAGUGCAGAAGGAGAGACCAAAGAACCCGGACUCUCCUUCUCCGAGUCACUAACACUGUGGUCAUGGGCUCGAGUGCAGAAGGAGAGACCAAAGAACCCGGACUCUCCUUCUCCGAGUCACUAA